AUGUUUGGUGCUAUUCAGUUGGGGUUAUUUGCAGCGUGUGUUGUGUUGUUUGUUCCAAUGGGUAUGGCAGGUUGGCACUUGAGUCGCAACAAAGUUCUCUUUUUUAGUGGUGCACUUUUCAUUACUCUUGCAGUUGGUGUUCAUCUAACUCCUUAUUUUCCUUCUGUUUCUGAUUUCAUUACAUCUGCUAAAUCGUCUUCUGUUGAUGAUGUUGUUGUUGUUAAAGAUCGUGAUUCGUGUGUUUCUUUGCUUCAUGAAAUUGCUUGGGAGGUUCUGCCAAGUAAGGUUUUUGACCCUUUUUUGAAUAACAAUUCCUUGAACUAUGACAAAUUUUGGUCUUGGAGUAGAAUGAAUUCUGUUGAAUCAUGUGAGUUUCAGAGGCUAAAGAGAAAUGAUGUUUUGGAUUUGCUUAAUGGGUCUUGGGUUAUGGUUGCAGGGGAUUCACAAGCUAGAAUCUUUACACUUUCUUUGUUGAGUUUGGUUUUGGAUUCGAAGAGGGUCGAAUCGGCCAAGAGUUUUUUGUUUAAAAGGCAUAGUGAUUAUCACAUUGUUGUUGAUGAGAUGGGUUUGAAAUUGGAUUUUAUUUGGGCACCUUAUCCUAAUAAUUUGACUAAUGUAGUUAUGGAGUUUAAGCAGAAACAUUUGUAUCCUGAUGUUUUGGUGAUGGGUUCUGGUUUAUGGCACAUGCUACACGUUAUAAAUGCGUCUGAUUACGGUGUCUUGUUGAGGUUGUUAAGGAAUUCCGUGACAUCUAUGUUGCCUGUUUCGCCCAAAUUUGGCAAUGAUGCACCUGCGAUUGGUUCUGUAUCGUCAGCUAGAUCCCCGCAUUUGUUUUGGUUAGGCAUGCCGACUUUGAUAAACUCUAUGUUGAAUACACAAAAGAAGAGGGAGAGGAUGAGUGAUGAAAUGCAAGGUGAGUAUGAGAGGGAGGUGCGUAAAAGUAGUAUAUUGAGGGAGUUUGGUGGUCCAUUUCAACUACUUGAUAUAGGAUCAUUGAGUUUGAAUUGUGGAAUCAAAUGUACAGAUGAUGGAAUGCAUUAUGAUGACGCUGUUUAUGAAGCUGAACUUCAUGUUAUGUUCAAUGCAUUGCUUAUAGAAUCUCAUCAAAAGCUCUAA